AACAAUAAGAGUUACAGAGGCUAAGAAAAAUAAAAACCACAGAAUGCACCUACCCUCUUCUUUUUUGCCCGUAAUAAUAUAUAUUCCAAUUUAUUAUUUUAAAAAAACAGAGCGAAGAGUUAUGACGUGCAUUUUCCAACUGUCUAUAAGAAAGUAGCAAAAAAAGGGAGUGCAUUCUGCACACCUCUGAUUCUGAACAGACUAACUCUCUCCCCAUAUUUCACUCACGAAGACCCAGUCUCUAUUAUCUUUUCGCCGGACACCCAAAUAUGGAGGCGCCACUCCUCACUCCAAGCCUCUCUGCCGGCGACGAUGAGGAUUACACCCCUGUCAAGAGCUUCAAGGACAUAAAAUCUGUCUUUUGGACCGAGACAGUUAAGAUAUGGAAGAUUGCAACUCCGAUUGUGUUCAAUAUUAUGUGUCAGUAUGGUAUUAACUCUGUUACUAACAUCUUUGUUGGUCAUAUUGGAGACUUUGAGCUUUCUGCCGUUGCCAUUUCUCUCUCUGUUAUCGGCACUUUCUCUUUUGGCUUCAUGCUUGGUAUGGGGAGUGCAUUAGAGACACUCUGUGGUCAAGCUUUUGGUGCAGGGCAAGUUCAUAUGCUGGGGAUUUACAUGCAGAGAUCAUGGAUUAUCUUAUGGAUUACUUGUAUUUUUCUAUUGCCGAUUUACGUUUUCGCUACUCCAAUACUAAAGCUUCUUGGUCAAGAGGAUAGUGUAGCUGAUCUUGCUGGGCAAUUUACUAUAUUAAUUAUACCGCAAUUGUUUUCACUUGCCGUUAAUUUCCCUACCCAAAAGUUCCUUCAGGCACAAAGCAAGGUCAGGGUGCUUGCUUGGAUUGGGUUUGUGGCAUUUAUCUUGCACAUUCCUCUGCUUUGGCUCUUAAUUUAUGUGUUUGGGUGGGGUACAAGUGGUGCAGCCAUAGCAUAUGACAUUACCAAUUGGGGAAUGUCUAUAGCUCAAGUUGUAUAUGUAAUAGGUUGGUGCAAGGAAGGUUGGACUGGAUUAUCAUCGUCUGCUUUUAAGGAGAUUUGGGCUUUUGUCAGGCUAUCACUUGCCUCUGCUGUUAUGCUUUGCUUGGAGAUAUGGUAUAUGAUGAGCAUUAUUGUGCUCACUGGGCAUCUUGACAAUGCUGUGAUCGCAGUUGGUUCCCUUUCUAUAUGUAUGAAUUUCAAUGGUUGGGAGGCCAUGUUGUUCAUUGGAGUAAAUGCAGCUAUCAGCGUUCGCGUCUCUAAUGAACUUGGAUCGGGACAUCCAAGAGCUGCUAAAUAUUCAGUAUACGUAACCAUAUUUCAAUCUUUCCUCAUUGGGCUUCUUUCCAUGGUUAUCAUAUUGAUAACCAAGGACCAUUUUGCAAUCAUUUUCACUAACAGCAAAGCUAUGCAAGUAGCCGUUUCGAAGCUAGCGUUCCUCCUUGGUAUCACCAUGGUUCUUAACAGUAUUCAGCCUGUAAUCGGAGGUGUUGCAAUUGGGAGUGGGUGGCAAGCAUUAGUAGCCUAUAUCAACAUUGGCUGUUAUUAUAUUUUUGGGCUUCCGCUUGGUUUCUUUCUUGGUUAUAAAACAAAGUUGGGGGUGGCGGGACUCUGGGGGGGAAUGAUAGCUGGAACUGCGUUGCAGACUCUGCUGCUCUUGAUUGUACUUUAUAGAACCAACUGGAACAAAGAGGUGGAACAAACAUCUGAACGCGUGCGGAAAUGGGGCGGGCAAGAAAAUACUGAGAAGACAGCUGAUGGGGUAUGAAUAGCUCAUUCUGAAAGCCAUGAAAACAAUUCUAAAGGUUCCUCCAUUAGCAUUUGAGUGUCUCCAAUGGUUGUAACCUUAUAAAGUCUCUGUAUCACUCGCUGCUCCGUCUCUUAAUUUUGCCUCAACUGUCUAAUGCAGCAACAUACUAAUUCAACUUGUCGCAGUUUGUGCUGGCAAGAAAGGCUUUCUUGUCAUUUAGCUGGCCGUAGAAUAAGCCUAUAAGGAGGACAAAAUAAUUCCUAUUUGUGCUUCUUCUGGUUGAGUAGAAAUUUAGCUUCUUAAUGCCCUUAA